UCAUUUAUAAAAAAAGAAAUUGUCUCUUAGUACCGCGAAAAUUUCUAUUUACGACGCAUUAAAAGGUGUGGCAGACGCCAUUUUGUUAAACAGUAGUCUAUUGCACUUCAAAAGAAUCUAUCUACUAUUACUACUACUACAAUGUCUCAAGUUGACAAGGAAGAAUUAGUUCAGAGGGCAAAGUUAGCUGAGCAAGCGGAGCGUUAUGAUGACAUGGCUUCAGCUAUGAAAUCUGUAACAGAAACGGGAGUGGAACUCAGCAAUGAAGAAAGAAAUUUACUCUCUGUUGCAUAUAAAAAUGUAGUAGGUGCCAGGAGAUCAUCAUGGAGGGUAAUUUCAUCAAUUGAACAAAAGACUGAGGGCUCAGAACGUAAACAGCAGAUGGCCAAAGAAUAUCGAGAAAAAGUAGAAAAGGAACUCAGAGAAAUUUGUUACGACGUUUUGGGUCUUCUGGACAAAUAUUUGAUUCCCAAAGCCAGCAAUGCUGAAUCAAAAGUAUUUUACCUCAAAAUGAAAGGCGAUUACUACCGAUACCUUGCUGAAGUUGCUACAGGGGAUACUAGAAAUACUGUAGUUGAUGACUCGCAGAAAGCAUACCAGGAUGCAUUUGAAAUCUCAAAGGCAAAAAUGACACCUACACAUCCAAUUCGAUUGGGUCUAGCACUCAAUUUUUCUGUUUUCUAUUAUGAGAUCUUAAACUCCCCUGACAAAGCUUGUCAGUUAGCAAAACAGGCGUUUGAUGAUGCAAUUGCAGAACUCGAUACCUUAAAUGAAGACUCAUACAAGGACAGUACGUUAAUUAUGCAGCUUCUUCGGGAUAACCUUACGCUUUGGACCAGUGACACACAAGGUGAAGCGGAUGAACCACAAGAAGGUGGUGAUAAUUGAAAUUGUGGCGUCCAUUUUUAAUUGUAACCGUUAAAAUUGAAAUUUCAUGUAAGUUAACGUAUUUGUGAAACUUGGUUGUGAAAUUGCAAUUGGAAGUUCAAGUUUCACAAGAAACUUUUGAUAUUUCAGUAACUGUUUUUAGCCAAAUAUGUAAAGCAUAAAAUUACAUUUCACAUUUCACCUGUUCGAAUAAAAUGAAAAUGGAUUCCAUUACAGUUAUGUUCUCUUGAUUGUUGAUUAUGAUGUGAAUCAUCAGACAGUGUUAGGCUGUAAGAUUUUUUGUAGCAGCGGCUUUGUUCCAUACAUUUUUUUCAUUUUAAUUUAUAAUUUAUUUGGAACUUCCACUUCGUUUAAGUUUUCUCACUUGUUAAAGAUUAAAUUUAUUUAACUACUUCUACUUUUUUUGUGUUUGAGCCGUGCGUUAUUUCGUAUUUUUUCCCCGACUUAAUACCUACGUAACGUACGUCUUUACAAUAACUCUACUAUUAAGAAAGACAUUUCGCCUCGUCUCUAGCCCACCAGGUUAAUUUGCACUCCGCUGCAUUGGGCCAUGACCCUAACUUUGUCCUUCCUAUCCAUCUCCCGUUUUAUUUACCGUUCAACACUCACUUUGGAUGUGCUAUAUAUAAAUGUAUGAAAUAUGUACUAAAUAAACUGCUAUCAGCUCUA